GACAAACCAGAGAUAAACCCUCACAUUCCAUAUGACCGGUUAGAAAGCGACCUCCGUAACAACCUCCAUCCAACUCAAUCAACAUGGGACUAUUGGGGAGCUGGUUGGAUUCCCCAGGGCUGCAAGGACUUGGCAAACACAUACCACCUCAAUCCUGCGGACUUCACUGUCUUCAAUGUGCACUACACUGACUGUAGUGCGUCUUGGACGUUCUGUCGCCAUAAAGAUGCUGGAGCUUCAGAAAUCGAUAUGAUUGACAUGCUCGGUCGAUUACCAGUUCGCAUGCGCUCUUACACACGACAUUUCAUGGCCACUCCCGGUCUUAAUGAUGGUGCCGCUGCUUGGACUUGGUCUACUGGUGACACUGUUGUCGAGAGCGCGCCAAAUUUGGCAACUUUGGUCCAUGAAGUUUCUCACAGCCUUGACUGGCAUGCUCUGCCUCAAUACCAACAGCCAUUCAGCUCUUCGUCUAUCUGGCAAGACAAUUAUAACCAAGACUCUGCCACUCCUACAGGCUAUGGCCGGACGAAUUGGAUGGAAAACUUUGCUGAGACUGGCAUGGUGGGAGUUUAUGACAAGGUUGUUCCAGGUGGCAUUGGCAAUAUUGAAUCCAAUUGGAAUGCCAUUUUCCACCAGUAUGCCACAUAUCAAGGAUACCUGGGCGACAAGAUUGUCCCUGGUGGCUCUUGUGCUAACCGGUUCGACGACACGGCACCGGUUACUAUGAGCAACAGCGCC